UGAAAUUGGCCCUAAUUAAUCGGCCAUUCUGAUUUAAUCGGUCGACCUCUACUUUAGUGGACACCCACCUGUCUCGUUCAAUGAGAGAAGAUCAGAAGCGGACAAGAUGGCAACGUAUACAUAGUUGGAUUACUUAAUGGAGCAAAACAUGAUUUAAUUGAAUCAUGUUCUAAAUUCAAACUUUCUCCCUGCAACUGGCCAUGGGCGUUUUAGAAUACACAGGUGACUUCCGAAUCGAGAAUGAAAAAAGUAUCGGCUAGUAAAGGUUGGUCAAAUCUGCUGCUUACAGCUGAACAGCAGCCUGUACACGACCUCGGACUCAAGUUUUAGCUCUACCGCAGAGGUUCGUGUUUACAAGGCUAGUUGGCUAGUCAAGUUUUAAUGAUGACGACUUAUUUUGCAACCCCCCCAGUGACAAAGGUUCUCCUUCAUGUUGAAGGAUGACAUCUACGUACGGUAUCAGUCGUUCAGCACGCAGAGCAAGCUGGAGAAGGCGAUGCAAAAGAUGAACCCUUACAAGAUUGACAUUGGAGCAGUCUACUGUCACUGAGUGGGGCACCGUUACUCACCGUGUUUGUCUGACCAUCUGCCUAACUCGAUCACAUGCAUCUGUUGUCCCUCAAGUGUCCAUUUUUAUUUAUAUAUAUAUUUUCCAUUCCUCCUUCUGUCACCCUCAGCCCAAUCAGCAUAACACAGUCAAGACUGGAUCCUUCCAGGCUCUUGAGAAGGAGCUGGUAUUUGAUAUUGAUAUGACAGACUAUAAUGAUGUCAGAAGCUGUUGCACGUACUUGGAUCACAGAAAGUCUAUUUGUAGUUCCAACAUCUUUACUAUUAUACAGAUGUAAAGUAUGUUUGAAUGUACAACAGACUAAUUCAGGGACGGUGCCUUUUGACGUUUUGUUGGGGGUGUGGGACUGUUGUCUUGUUUUGCAGUGCUGCAGACAUCUGCCCAAAGUACUGGACUCUGACUAUGCUCUCUGUAUCCUGGACAGGGCACUUCGAGUGGGACAGGACAUACUGGGCAGCAAAGAGGCUGCGGACAAAGUGCCUGAAGAUAUCCUUUUCCUCUGCCGAUUUUUUUUAUUACAUGACACGACGACUGCCAAGGUCCAUUACUUUGAGAAGGAGAUCAUGUGGCAGUACUGUUACCCUCGGGUUGAUGUGAACGUCAGUAAAGGAGUCAACAACCACUUGCUGAAGAGUCCCUUCAGCGUCCAUCCCAAAACGGGGCGGAUCUCUGUUCCUAUUGACCUGAGAGAACUGGAUCGCUUUGACCCCUGUGAUGUGCCCACUAUUAGUCUGAUCUAUGAGGAGCUGGAUCGGCCCAAGACAGCAGGAGGAAGAGAAGGAAGAACCCAAGGAGAAUGAGCGAGAAGCAGGAGAGUGACGGAAGAGAGACUACAAACGAACAAGCUUGGAAGUAUGUGAAACUGUUAGAUCAAUUCCUGGAAGGGAUGGCUCGCUCAAGGAAAGGGGAGCAUCUUAAAAAGAGUGAGAUCUUCAAAAGGACUUCUAGCCCUUAGCGGUGUCCAACGGAAUACUGUCUGAUGCUGGGAUUGGUACCUACAUUGGUUGGCUAAUCUUAAACCAUCCCAUCAUAUCAGUUGUUUAUAAUAUGACAGGUAAAGAUGGAGAACACACAUUAGAUACACUGUAAAUAAAUGGUUUGUUUGAGAA